AUGGUCUUUAUUUGUUUAAGUGUUGGUAAAUAUCAAAAAGGAGAAGCAAUACCAGCACAGUAUCAAGUUAAAACAAAUGAUGUGAUAUACAAAUGGGAACCAUUACCAUAUACUGCACGACCAAAAUUUGGUGAACGAACACAAUUUUCAUUAAAUGAUUUAGGAGUAACGUUUUUUUAUAAUGACAUGUUCAAAAUGUUUGUUUAUAUAGUAUUAAGUAUUGAAAAUAAUUCACUUUAUAGUCGUUUUUCAUUUCAAAAUGGAAGAAUAAUAACACCAUACAUUCCAAUUCAUCAAAAUGGAAUUCCUAUAUUUACAAAUGCAACAAUUAAUUUUGAUGUGGUUCAUGGAAAUAUUACAAAAGCAACAGUUUAUCCUUUUUUAAGAACACAAGAAAAGUUUAAACUAGAGACAUUUGGAUUUGUUAGUUUUUUGUUUGUCUUUAAUGAAAAGACACACGAAUAUACUUAUUUAUCUCAAAAUCUCAUUCUAUCAGGAUCUGCUAUCUUUUGUGGAAUCUUAGCACUUCUUUUGUUCUUGAAACAAAGUCAUUCAAAAAAGUAA